GAAGCCGAAGCCCGGGGGGCUUAGGAAACCCUUCUGCACAUGCGCAGAAGGCUCAAUGACAGCUGAGCGUUGGCUAAGGCUCCCAGGAAAGGGUGUGGCUAUGUUGCAUGUGACCCGCGGGGUCUGCGGGUCCAGGGUCCGACUAUGGCCCCUGUUGCCCGGGCUCCUCGGGCGCCCGCGGGCUCUGUCAUCCCUGGCGGCCAAGAUGGGGGAGUACCGCAAGAUGUGGAACCCCACGGAGCCCCGCGACUGGGCCCAGCAGUACCGCGAGCGCUUCAUUCCCUUCUCCAAGGAGCAGCUGCUCCGCCUCCUCAUCCAGGAAUUCCACUCCAGCCCCACGGAGAAGGCGGCCCUGGAGGAGUUCUCAGCCCAUGUGGACUUCUGUACCCUGUUCCACUACCACCAGGUCCUGGACCGGCUGCAGGCCUUGUAUGACCCCAUCAACCCUGACAGGGAGACCCUGGACCAGCCGUCGCUCACCGACCCCCAGCGCCUGUCCAAUGAGCAGGAGGUGCUUCGGGCCCUGGAGCCCCUGCUGGCCCAGGCCAACUUCUCCCCACUGUCCGAGGACACCCUGGCCUACGCACUGGUCGUCCACCACCCUCAGGACGAGGUCCAGGUGACCAUAAACUUGGACCAGUACAUCUACAUGCAGUUCUGGGCUCUGGGCCAGCGUGUGGGGCAGUUGCCCCGGAAGUCCAGGCGCGGCUUCUUCACCAAGCAGCCCCCCGCAGAGAGGAGGUACUUUAAGCGGGUGGUGUUGGCGGCGCGGACCAAGCGGGGCCACCUGGUACUGAAGAGCUUCAAGGACACGCCGCUGGAGGGCCUGGAGCAGCUGCUGCCGGAGCUGAAGGUGCGCACUCCCACGCUGCAGCGUGCCCUGCUCAACCUCACCCUGGUCGUGUCUGGCGUGGUCUUCUUCGUCAACGUGGGCAUGGUGGUGCUGUCCGACCUCAAGAUGGCCACUUCCCUGCUGCUCCUGCUGUUUGCCGCCUUCAUGGGCCUGCGGGCCUCCAAGAUGUUCGGGCAGCGGCGCAGCGUGCAGGCGCUGGAGCUGGCGCAUAUGCUCUACUACCGGAGCACGUCCAACAACUCGGAGCUGCUCAGCGCGCUGGCACUGCGCGCACAGGACGAGCACACCAAGGAGGCGCUGCUGGCGCACAGCUUCCUGGCCCGGCGGCCCGGGGGCGCGAGCGGCCCGCCCCAAGAGACCUCCAGGUGGCUGCAGCUGGAGGUGGAGAGCUGGCUGCUGGCCCAGUCAGGCUGUGACGUGGCCUUCAACGGAGCCCGAGCCCUGGCCCACCUGCAAGCCCUGACCCCCACCUCCGGGCUCUACCCUCCGCCGGGCUUCCCCAAGCUCCAGCCGCCGUCCGCAGGGGCUUCCGAGUCUCCCCCAGACCACGCCCAGCAGUAACAGCCGCCCCACCCCGACACCCCGACACCCCGACCUA